AUGUCCUUUGCAUUCAGCCCAAGAUCUUCCAUCGAAUCCAGUCUCCUCAACCUCUCCCUUGAUGAUGAUCAAGACUCUGAUCACACCCUGAUCGACCUUGACAACCCUUACCCCGAUCUCCUCGAAGAGGACUCCCUCUCCCAGCAACAUAUUCACCAGGCUCUGAUCACCAGCACUUUGCAUCCUGCCCCUGAUCACAACAAGUUCCAUCGCCUCCCUCGCCUCCCUAUCAAACUCCGUCACCUCAAAGCCCUCCACGAUGCUGCCAAUCCUUUUGGCUUUCUCAAGGCCAUCGCUGGAAAGAAGGUACGGAUCGAGCCAGAUGAAUUCAUAGAUCCUGCCACUUCUACCAAGUAUGCUAUUCGCAUUCCUCUUCACUGUCUUGAUUUCCGCCUCCUCGUUCCUUUCAAUGCUGGCUUUGGCACCUUUCUCCCUUUGGACCCAGAUGAGUGGUCCUGGGCUUUCUCGCUUGACUUGGGCCAACCAAGACGUCCGUUCAACAAUGCUCGAGGUUUCCUUGGUUUCGACCCCACAGGUUCCAUGCUAUAUGUUGGCACCACUCCUUCUCGCAACUCUGUCUUCCUUGGCAUGGCCCCUCAUGCUUUCUUCGACAAAUCCUUCAUCCCACCUGGCCAUGCUUCAAAGCAAGGUACAUCGCACACCUGCAUGUCGACUGGUCUCUAUCGUAUGGUCCUCUCUUUCUUCUUCUAUGCGAUGCAUGCGCUCACUGAGCAUGCAUUCCAACUUGUCAAUCCUUAUGCCAUCGACCUCGAUGGCAGAGCCAACUGGGAGGAUGUCAAUCCUGACUUCUUAACAAAUCAAAAAGUUGAGUUUCGCCUCAGGGAUAUGCUGAACCUUGAGACUAUCUUCACCUCUGAAUUCGACCAAUUUCGCAACAACUCACCAGAAUCCUGGAAGAGACAUCACAUCUGGCGCUCCUGUCAUCCCAUAUUCAUCUCCAUCAAAUAUGGCCAAAACCUCCCGAUCAACAUCUCCUCUGAGGAGGCCUUUGACCUGACCACUUCCCAUUGGAACAAAGAGCUUGACUACAAGCGUGUCCAAUUCUUCUCAUUUGCCUUGGCUACCGAGAUCAGUGCGACUAAAGUCCAGAGGUGGGAUCCUAUCCCAACUCCAGACAUCCUUGCUGCACACGAUGAGCUUUACACGGCAGAUAAGAUGCAAGUCUUUGAUCCUGAUGCCAUUGCAUAUGAAGAGGAAGGACGUGAGGUUGAAUUGUUCGACAAAGACGGCAACAAGAUUGCUCGUCGCCAUCCAGUGGAUGCACCUGGCCAGAACAACGGUGCUCUCCUUGUGAAGCUCGACACUGCGAGCCACAUGUUCGUUACCCCUUCUCGUCUGGAUGAUUCUGAGGAUGACGAACAAGAGACCUUCGAUACCACAUUUGGCACAGAGUCCAGAGCAGCAAGAGGUCCAGCAACCCAUUCUUCCUUGAAUCCCCCAGAUCAUCAUCAUAAUAAUAAUCCUUAUCCUUCGAUCCAACUUCGAACAUACCCACUUGGUUACUUGGGUACCCUUGGUCAAAUCCAGUCAAACAUGAUCUUGCCUGAGUUUCAAACCAUCAUGCAAGCCAUCGUGGAUGUCAUCGACGAAACAUCUAUCUCGACUGGUCUUGGUGGAAGUGAUGAUGAUGAAUUUAGCGAAGGAAUGGAUAUGUUGCAACGUUCGACGCCACAGUCGAUCCAAGGGGUCUUUUUGCAAAUGUACCAGUCAUCCUUCCAUCGUGCUGCACCUCGAGCUGGAGGAGGAGAGGUGGACCAUGGAUGGAUUACCGCAGCUGCUGCUGGGACGUGCAAUGGGGACUCAAAGCAAUCCUCUCGUGUUCAUCUCCAUCAAGACCGUUGUAGUUCAAUGCUUCCAUUUGAUCAUUGGUCCAGUCGGAUGGACAGGCCUGACACGCCAACAAAUCUUCGAUGCGAACAGUAUUACAUCUUGGACUUGUCUCACAUCCCAUCAAGGGUACGAACAGGAAGGUGGAUAUUCACCGAGAUCAUAACACCACUGUUGCAUGGAUGGCGCAGGCCAGAGAUCAUCAAUACACUGAAGGAGAACUGCGUGAUCGUCCAGCCUGGUAUAUUCCCAAAGAUAUAUCAGUGGACCACGUUUGGUUUCACUCAUCUUUUACAACGAUAUUGGCUGCAUGUCAACCAGCUCAUACAAGAGAAGAAAUCCAUCGACCCUUACCAUCUUGAGGUCAUUGCUAGUUUAGAGCGAGCAGUUGCAUUCGCCCACAGUGGGAGCGGCAAGGUGCUCAGCACCUCUCUCAUGGACCCCUUGUGGCUCUCAUUGGGGCUAGGCACGACAGGCUUCCCGAGCCUCAAUCCAGAAAUCAUGCGAUUCGAACCUCAUGCGCCAAAUGGGAUGGUGCCUCUCACCAUCUUCAGCGAAGCAUGGCCAAGGAACAAGAGGCAGUCCAACCCUGGACCUGCAUUUUCAUCCAAACGGUCAUGGAUCUUUAACUAUGGCCGGCCUAAUUGGGAGAUGUACUGCUUGGACCUCUACAUUAGGUCAUCUCAAAAAUCACAGCAGGAGCAGAUUCACUCUGCACUCAUUGGGCUCAUCGUGGAUGCAUUGGUUGAGGAUGCAGUGGCAAACAUUGUGCAGGGGAUCAGGAAACAACUGAAAGAGAGCAUGGCAGAUGACAAGCUCAGUGAAGGAGAGCAGUCAUUCCAGAGGGAGCGCAGUGCUUCUCUGAAGAAAUUCAAGCAACUGCCUAAGCCACUUGGAACCAUUGAGGGACGGAGGGUCCUGCGAAAGUCCUUGUGGGAGAAAGCAGAAGACAUGGAGUCUCAGAUCACCCUUCCAAACGAGGUCACGAUGGAUGGGCGACAAUUCAUCAACGAGGCAUACGAUAUUGCACUCAAGCGGCCACGGACUCCAUGGGGUGGACCGUUCUUCCACGAUGGGAAAGCUGCUGCGAUAUGGCACAAGGUGAUCGAAGAAUAUUCAAGGUCUUCGAGCAAGACACCUGCUGAGAUCAAGAGCCGGAUUUGCGAACGAGUCCACCACCAGCUCAUCAUACAGGAGCAAGUGGUGGCAUUGCCAUGGAAGGCAAACCCCAUGCAGCGUUACCCACGUUGGAAUGGAUGGGUUCGAUUCACAGGAGGGAAAGAGAUGGGAUCGGUAGCACCACGUCGAGGUGGAAAAGGAGCGAUGACGAUGGAGGAAGAGAUGGAUGCUGCAGCAGCGAGAGCAGUGGCAAGAGAGGAUGAUGAGAACGAGAACGUGGAGUGGAUGAUCAAGGACUUGGAUCUGAACGACCUGCCACGAGUGUUGAAGAGGGCUCGAUUGCCAAGUGAUUUUGGAUUUGGGCCAAAGGACCAAGAGCCAACAUCUCUGGAAAUGGUUGGAUGGGUGAAAGAGCGCUAUGAUGGAUCCUUGCCUGCCCAUAGGAUGGCACUGUUUGGGGCUAUCAUUCUGUCACGAAUGGCACCAAGUCACUCGGUGGAUGCACAAGGGACGUCGUCAUCUCGGGAGGAACCCAUACUAGCGAACGACCUGCAAAGAUGGGGAUCUCAGCUGGGAUGGAAGGACAACUCUCGGAGCACACAAGGGAACAAGGGGAGGAUCGACAAAACGACGAUGUUCACAUGUUGGCUCCUGUUCAUUGGAAUGCACGUUGAUAAGAGCAGUCCAUGGUAUACGGUGCACAACGGGAAAAUGAACCAGGCGUUCAAGGCAAAGAUGGGGGCAAAAGGGGUACUUGGGACAGUGAUCGUUCGGAUUGGACUGAUGGAACCACUGACAAAGAAGGGGUUUUUUGGAGGGAUAUUGGGAACGGACUACCGGGCAUACAAAAAGAGAGAGAUGGAAGGGAUCUAUGCACGGUUCGUGGAGCAGCUUGAAGAUGGAGGACCAUAUGCGAUAUAUGGGGCGAUCGCAAUGUUGGUUGGAGGAGAGACCGCGACACGAUUGUGCAAGGAGCACAAGAUCCAUACGCCAUUGGGGUUGCCAGGAAGCAUGCCACGACGGAGUGCAUCAAACACAUCGAUUCGAACAGUGUCUGAACGAGACACAAGUGACUCGGAUGUGGAGGAGGGUAGUAGUAGACCUUCAAAGCGACAGCGGAGUGGAAAAAAGAAGGUAUAA